UAUCUUGGAAUUGAAAAAAAAGAAAAAGAAAUUAUUUCUCAAUUUGAGAUUUCCUUUCCCUUCUCUCCUUCCUGUUUCAUCUCUCUGAUAUUCUCAACUCUUAUUCUUCAAAUCUCAAGCUCUGACCAGAAGAAAUGGGCGUGCCGGAAACCGACCCUCUUUCUCAGCUAAGCUUGCCGCCGGGGUUUCGGUUCUAUCCUACAGACGAGGAGCUUCUCGUUCAGUAUCUAUGCCGGAAGGUUGCUGGGUACCAAUUCAACUUGCAGAUUAUUGGUGAAAUUGACCUAUACAAGUUCGAUCCUUGGGUUCUACCAAGCAAAGCCAUUUUUGGUGAGAAGGAAUGGUAUUUUUUCAGUCCAAGGGACCGGAAGUACCCGAACGGGUCACGGCCCAAUCGGGUAGCCGGGUCCGGGUACUGGAAGGCCACCGGUACCGAUAAGAUCAUCACCACCGAAGGUCGGAAAGUUGGAAUCAAGAAGGCGCUUGUGUUUUAUGUCGGCAAAGCUCCGAAAGGAACCAAAACCAAUUGGAUUAUGCACGAGUACCGCCUCAUAGAGCCUUCACGCAAAAAUGGCAGCUCAAAGUUGGAUGAAUGGGUGCUGUGUCGUAUUUACAAGAAGAACUCCAGCUCGAGCGCAGUAGUACAGAAGCCGAUGUCGACGAUGGCAAACGUUCCGAGCAAAGAGCAGAGCUGCAACGGCUCGUCGUCCGAGUGCUCUUCGCAAUUGGACGACGUGCUCGAGUGGCUGCCGGAGAUUGAGGACAGGUUCUUCACUCUGCCGCGAAUCAACUCGCUUAAGGCUCUACCCCAGCAGCAGGAGGACAACAAGCUCAAUCUUCAGAAUCUGGGGAAUCUCGGGUCGGGCAAUUUCGACUGGGCGAGUCUAGCCGGGCUCAACCCGGUGCAGGAAGUAGUUCCCAAUACCCAAGCCCAGCUAAAUUACAACAAUGACUUCUAUGUCCCUUCGAUCCCGCCUCUCUGCCACGUGGAAUCGCCGCCGGAGAGGAUGGGAAGGAAAAUGGAGGAGGAGGUGCAGAGUGGACUCAAAACUCAGCGAGUUGAAAACUCGGGAUUGUUCCAGCAGAACUCGAACCUGUUCACGCACAACAUGCGCACCCCGAUUGACACUUACGGGUUGGGCACCCGAUUCGGCCUGGCCGGGCCGGGUUUCAGCUACGGCUGUGAAAAGUGAAAUUAGAAAAAUACGUAGGAAAAAAAAAAGUAAUGGAGUAAAAGUGGUUCGGUAGGAGUGCAUUCGGUAGGGCAAAAAAAAGGAGUGCAUUUGGGUAAAUACUCGGGAUUCUUUGGGUUUAACAAUCUGGGUUUAGAUUUACAGAAGAGGAAACUUUACCCUCUUCUUCUUUUGCAAGGUUUAGACCAGAACUUUCAAGCGCCAUCAAGGAAGGAUCUUUGUACAAGUUGAUGCAGUCAAUUUAGAAUGUAAUUUCCACCGGUCAAAAACUGGCUACUUGGUCGAUCAUUUGGAUUGAUUCACAGCCUUAUCUCGUCUUUGAAGCGAUUAGAAAGGCCUUAAUAUAUGACAAAGUAGAUGUUAAGAUCCUGUGAUCUUGUAAUAGAGGGGCAACUUAACGGAGUUUUAUUAAUCGUCGAGGGCAGCUGGUCCUAAUGUAUUUCACCUGUUGAGAAUUUAGCAAUCUUUUAUUGUUCAAUAAUAUUUUUGUUAGCCAAA